AGCGACGUCUUCUUCGUGAAGGACGGCCCGCCGAGCGAGCCCGUUGCAGAGGAGCCAGGCGAGGAGCCCGAAGGAGCGUUCAAGCUGGGAGGCGUGGCUGCGGCCGAGGAGAGGGACACGGCCGAGAGGGACGGCAAGGAAGGCAGGAAGACGGAGAAGGAGUCCAGGGUUAAUGCACUCGGUAAAGACGCUCCUGGGGCUUCUGCUUUAGGCAAGCGGGCUCUGCAGGAGAAUGAACAUGACAGCGGGCCCAAGCGGCCCAGGUCAGCUGAGGAGAGCAAGACCAGCAAUGACCAGGUCUACCAGUGCCCGUACUGUAAUUACAGUAACAAGGACACGAACAGGAUCCAGAUGCACGUCAUGUCCCAGCAUUCCAUGCAGCCCGUUAUCUGCUGCCCCCUCUGCCAAGACGUCCUCAGCAACAAGAUCCAUCUUCAGCUCCACCUGACGCACCUCCACAGUGUGUCCCCCGACUGCGUGGAGAAGCUGCUCUCCACCGUAUCCGGACCAGAUGUUAUGAUGCCCAGUAACAUGCUGCUGCCCACGAACUCACAAGACAAACUCCAGUGUCAGGUGGACGUGGCUUCAGCUGCUACACAGGAGGCGCCUGGAAAGCCUUCAGGCGACAGUGCAGGCGAGGAGAAGGGCCCUGCGGCGCAAGACAAGGGCGAGCAGGAACUCCAGCCCGACAGGCUCCGGCCUCCAGAGGAGGCUUCUGAAGCGGCAGACUGGAAGAAGAGCGGCGGGAGCCGGGAGGCCAGAACCCCGGACCCCCUGCAGGAGCACCUGAGCGAGCUGCAGAAACGGCAGCCGCUGUCCGUCUCCGACCGCCACGUCUACAAGUACCGCUGCAGCCACUGCAGCCUGGCGUUCAAGACUAUGCAGAAGCUUCAGAUCCAUUCCCAGUACCACGCCAUCCGCGCCGCCACCAUGUGCAGCCUGUGCCAGCGCAGCUUCCGCUCGUUCCUGGCCCUGAAGAAGCACCUGGAGAACGGGCACCCGGAGCUGAGCGAGGCGGAGGUCCACCAGCUCUGCGGGAGCCUCAGCCUGAACGGGGACUUCAGCCCCGAGAGCGAGGCGCGGGCCCUGGAGGAGGUGCAGGCCCUGGAGCAGGAGCUGGACAAGGACGACGACCUGGACCAGGAGGGCAAGGCCAGCCCCGCCGGGAGCGACAGCAGUUCCCUUCCGGAUGAGAUGGGUUCCGAACCAAAGCGGACUUUGCCGUUCAGGAAAGGCCCGAACUUCACGAUGGAAAAGUUUUUAGACCCUUCCCGCCCGUACAAGUGCACAGUGUGCAAGGAGUCUUUCACUCAGAAGAACAUCCUCUUGGUUCAUUACAAUUCAGUCUCGCAUUUACACAAGCUGAAGAAAGUUUUGCAGGAGGCUUCCAGCCCAGUUCCACAGGAGACCAACAACAGCAUAGAUAACAAACCGUACAAAUGCAAUAUUUGUAAUGUUGCUUACAGCCAAAGUUCAACCCUGGAGAUCCACAUGAGGUCUGUGCUUCACCAGACAAAAGCCAGAACUGCCAAAUUGGAAACUAGCAGUAGCUCAGCCAGCGGAAAUACUGCUAAUAGCCCUGUUUCAGUGAGUCAAGGAAAUGUUGAUUCUGCAAGCUUACCAGCGUCAGCUAACAAAGAAAACCACAUAGAUGCCAAAGAAAUUAGCAAAAAGCAAGCUCCUGAUCCCAUUUCUGUCCAGCCCACUCAUCAGCCAUCCCAGUCACCAGCACAGCUUCAGAUGCAGCUGCAGCAUGAGCUACAACAGCAGGCCGCGUUCUUUCAGCCGCAGUUCCUGAACCCUGCGUUCCUGCCUCACUUUCCAAUGACCCCUGAGGCGCUAUUGCAGUUCCAACAGCCCCAGUUUAUCUUUCCAUUCUACGUCCCAGGCGCUGAGUUUAAUCUCAGUCCAGAGUUGGCUUUGCACUCAGCGUUUGGGAUGCCUGGGAUGACGGGAUCAUUGCUGGAAGACCUGAAACAGCAGAUGCAACAACAGCAUCAGGCAGGACAGCAACAGCUUCAGCUCCUGCAGCAGCAGGCUCAGCAGCAGCAGUCUUCGCAGUCACAGAUGCAGCAGCAGAAACCACAGCAGCAAGCUACGAAGUCUGCUAAGGUGGAGCAGAUCAGCACGGCUAUAGCUGACAGUCAGAUGUCCAAGGAGGCUGAAGAGCUGUUUGAGAAACAGGAGAGCAAAGCCAAGCAGGAAUACCUUUCUGACAUUGAAAGCAUGAAAGAAAACAAAGAGGCCAAAAAACUGAAGCCCCAAGAGCCGCUCAUCCCACCCCCACGCAUAGUGUCAGGCGCAAGGGGAAACGCAGCAAAGGCCUUGCUGGAGAACUUUGGCUUUGAGCUGGUUAUCCAGUACAAUGAAAACAGGCAGAAGAGCCAAAAGAAAAGCAGAACCGUGGAGGACGAGAUCAUGGAUAAACUGGAAUGCGGCAUGUGUGGAAAGCUCUUCUCCAACAUCCUCAUCCUGAAAAGCCACCAAGAGCACGUCCACGGACAGUUUUUCCCGUAUGGACAGCUGGAGAAGUUCGCACAGCAGUACAGGGAGGCUUACGACAAACUGUAUCCCAUUUCUCCGUCGUCUCCCGAAACGCCUCCGCCACCUCCACCCCCGCCUCCUCCGCCCCCUCCGCCUCCCCAGGCUUCGGGAGCAGGGAAGGUGCAGGCCCCAACCCCAACGCCACUGCAAGCCCCACCUCCCCCUGCCCCGCCCCCGCCUCCUCCACCGCCUCCUGUGGCCCCUCAGGUCCAGCUGCCCGUGUCCCUGGACCUGCCCCUCUUUCCUCCUCUGAUGAUGCAGUCUGUGCAGCACCCAGCCUUGCCGCCACAGCUUGCCCUCCAGCUCCCGUCGAUGGACACGCUGUCGGCCGACCUCACGCAGCUUUGUCAGCAGCAGCUGGGUCUGGAUCCCAACUUCCUCCGGCAUUCCCAGUUCAAGCGCCCUCGUACCCGCAUCACCGACGACCAGCUGAAAAUCCUGCGCACCUACUUCGACAUCAAUAAUUCGCCCAACGAGGAGCAGAUCCAAGAGAUGGCAGAGAAGUCCGGCCUACCACAGAAAGUUAUCAAGCACUGGUUUCGCAAUACCCUUUUUAAAGAGAGGCAGCGGAGCAAAGACUCUCCCUAUAACUUUAGCAUUCCUCCUAUCACCACGUUGGAAGACAUCCGGCUUGAAUCGCAGUUCAGCGCGUUGGAGUAUUACAAAACAGAUCCAAGCCACAACAAGAGGUCUUCUAGGACACGGUUCACUGAUUACCAGCUGAGAGUCCUUCAAGAUUUUUUUGACACCAACGCUUACCCUAAAGAUGAUGAAAUAGAGCAGCUCUCCACGGUUCUCAACCUGCCAACUCGCGUAAUUGUUGUGUGGUUCCAAAAUGCCCGUCAGAAGGCUCGCAAGAGCUAUGAGAACCAGUCUGACGCUGUUAAGGACAGCGAGAAGAAGGAGCUGACCAAUGAGCGUUACAUUCGGACCAGCAACAUGCAGUAUCAGUGUAAGAAGUGCAGUGUGGUGUUCCCACGCAUUUUUGACCUAAUUACUCACCAGAAAAAGCAGUGUUACAAAGAUGAAGAUGAUGAUGGCCAAGAUGACAGUCAGGCAGAGGAUUUUAUGGAUAACAGUGACCAGAUGCUGCCAAAGCAUGUGUCAGGGCUGUUCGAUACAACCAAACCUUCCUUAGGAACAGCAACAAGCUCUGGAUCAAGUACUCCUUUAAUGCCUUCACCCAAACCCGACAUGGGUAAAACCUCUCCCAAGCCCGACUUUCCAACAGACAAACCAAAGCAAGCUGAGGCUUUUCCUCUCCAAGUGUCAAAGGCUGUACCUUUGUCUGAGCCACAGCCCACCCAGCCUUCAACACCUCAACCCCAACAGCAAAAAUCCCAGCCACAAAUUGUCCGGCCUCACUCGCAACCCCAGACAGCAGUCCCAUCUAGCCCUCUUUCUAUUGCCAUCACCUCCUUGACGAACAGUCUACCUCCUCAAAUGUUACAAUACCAAUGUGACCAGUGUAAAAUUGCCUUCCCAACUGUGGAGCUUUGGCAGGAGCACCAGCAUAUGCAUUUCCUGGCAGCCCAGAACCAAUUUCUUCAUUCGCAGUUCUUGGAAAGACCUGUGGACAUGCCCUACAUGAUUUUUGAUCCUAACAACCCCCUCAUGACUGGACAGCUGCUCUCUGGAGCCCUUUCACAAAUUCCAACACAGAACAGCUCAGCACUAUCCACACCUACUGGUGCCAGUUCCAGUUCCCUGAAGCGCAAACUGGAGGAAAAAGAAGAAAGCAGUUCCAAUGAAAAAGAUGGUGGGAACAGUGGCGAAGAUCAGCAUAGGGACAAACGACUUAGGACCACCAUCACUCCAGAGCAGCUGGAGAUUCUGUAUGAGAAAUACCUGCUCGAUUCCAAUCCAACUAGAAAAAUGCUAGAUCACAUCGCUCGGGAAGUAGGUCUGAAGAAAAGAGUGGUGCAGGUCUGGUUUCAGAACACACGAGCGAGAGAGAGGAAAGGACAGUUUCGUGCAGUGGGGCCCGCCCAGUCCCAUAAAAAAUGCCCUUUCUGCAGAGCUCUGUUCAAGGCCAAGUCAGCUCUUGAAAGCCACGUGCGCUCCAGACACUGGCACGAGGCCAAACAAGCGGGCUACAGCCUGCCACCGAGCCCUAUGAUGGGAGUGGAAGAUGGAGGCGAAAGCCCUUCUAAAUACAGCUGUUUUGAUUAUCCACCGAUGCUCAUAAACAAGGUGGAAAUGACUGAAUAUGAGUCUCCUGCAGCAGCUUCGACACCAAGUAAACAGUUGGAAAUGCCGAUAAAAAACUUCUUGGGCCCUUCAUCCUUAAAGGCAGAAAACAGCGAUGAUAUGGAGGGCCUCAACAUGAAUUCUGCAGAUGUCUCCUAUGAUCAAAACAAGACUGAUUUUGAUGAAACGUCGUCCAUUAAUACAGCUAUAAGUGACGCAACAACUGGAGACGAGGGAAACAAUGAGGUUGAUAGCAUAACGGGCAG